GGGGAGUGGAAGGAGCAGGAACUGGGCAUCAGGAGAGAAUACUGCAGCUACCUCUCAGAUUCAACACACAUACACGCAGAUUCAGAUAAGUGGCGUGAGGAGGCUUUAAAGCACACACCCACCACAGCAGCAUCACUGUGCUGCACCACAGAAAGGACCUAGCAGCACACACACACACACACACACCCACCCUUUAUCUUUGACUCUCAGUCUUUCGCUCGAGCUGUCUGCCUCGCUCCGUCUCACACACGUGCUGCAGGGAAGAUUUGAGCACAGGACUGCACUCGGAUUCCUCCCCUCCCUUUUCUCUAUUCUCCUUCCUCUCCUUCUUCACUCUCCCAGUUCACCUUGCCUGCUCCAGCUACAUGGUACAUUGUUGCGUCAGAGCCGUCGAGAAGCAUGCCGGGGGAGAGCACGCACAGAUCUGUCCCCGACGACAAGCAUCGGGACCUGGGAAGCGAGGAGACGGGACUUCCAGGACCAGGCAUGGUAAGACAUCCAUCCACAGACUCCCCUCCAAGUGACAGUGGUUCCUCACCUAACGACAGUGGAUCGAGCCCUUCUCCUAGCACUCCACAGAAGCUUCUCCCAGGGUCGACCUCUCCAUUUGGUCCACGAGUGUUUCAUGUGAAGCCUAGUUCCUCUGGUACUCCGAGACCACAGCCUGAAGGGUCCGACAAUCGCAUCAACCCAGCCAGACUGUCAGGAAAACUGGGAGGUCAUGGUCCAUGUGGCCGCCACAUCUCUGUUAAGAUGGAAAGAAUAAAGGUCCUGACUGGAUCUGAGGUGGAAAGUGACUAUCCAGGGUCACAGACUAUCGACACCAGAGUGGUGAUGGGUGAAGAAACACUACUCAAAACAACAGAAGUCAUGAAAGGAAAAAUCACCACUGAGCUCAAAGCUCAGGCCAUCCCUUUGCCAUAUCUCCCAAGUUUUCCAUGUCCUCAACUGCAGACUAAAGAAAUAAAACAGGAAACCAACAAUGAGGAAAUCCAGUCACAAAUUCCCCAAAAUCCAGAGAAUCAGGAAACACAACAUGUACAGGCCUCAGUUACAAACACUUUUCCCUCCUCUCCAAAACCAAUCACAACUGAUGACGAAGUAACAGACAGUAAGGAAGACAAAGAGACCCUCUCCGUAGAUGAAGUGCCUUCACUCCCUUUUUCAGAUGUGUCUUGUCCAGUUGCUCUGUCCUUCACUGAACCAGCCUGUCCUGUUGACCCCCUACGAGUUGGCAUUCCCUCAUCUCUUGACCCAGAACUUUACUACACCGCUCCGUCCACUCCAAUCAAAAUGGUCACCCGCUGUUCGCACCUUAAGCAUCAUUCCUACCCUGGCUCCCCAGCAUCCCCUCUUUCUCCUGGUUCUCCAUCUGACAGUGAGGACCUCUGUUCCCCUCUCACUUCUCCAUCUGGCUCUUACAUUACAGCAGAGGGAGGCAGCUGGGCAUCAUCUUAUACGUCCUCCACCUCCCCAUCCACUUCUCCUAACUUGCUCCUUGUGGAAGAAACGCAAGAGGCGCCUGCUUGCUUUGUGAGUUCAUUGUCAGAAAUCGGAGAUGAGGUCGCAGAGGAGAAGGGUCGAUCAGCCCAAGAACGAGAGGACGAUAGGGCCAGCGACUUCAGCUUGUACCAUCCGAGCGAUUUUGUUGUGAAUUCACGGAUAGGUAUAGCAGACACAGUGAUUCCUGAGGAAGAUGAGACUCUAAAAGGGGAAGAGGUGAAGAUUUCCAGGGAAACUUGUCGUCCGUGCUGGGUGACCGAGAGUGCACUCCCUAUAAGAAGCAGUAGCAGCAGUGACUCCCAGGAUGAUGAAGGGGAAUCAGAAAGUUCAUUUUACCCAUUAGAGGAGCACACUGUUGACAGAACAGAGUACUCUAGGCACAUGCAGACAGGCCUCAGACUAAAUCUGGAGGGAUGUUUAUCAGAAGAACAUUAUCGGCAGAUGGAGGCCAAUCCAGAUAUCUCCCCCACCACCUUGACCCCUGAUACAGAGAACAUGACUGUGGCAUCCUCCAGCUUCAGCCCAGAUUCACUGCUGCUCCCCAUGGGCGCCUUCUGCCCUGGAGCCUUUGAUAGCUCCUUCAUACUCUCGCAAGCUGCAUGUUCUGAUGACGUACCAGACGAGGAAAGGAUGAUACCUGCCUCCCUCAUCUCAUUUCCCCUUCACACUAGCCUAAUCUUCAAGGCUGACUCAAUGGAAAUCACCCUCUUCCCCACGGAAGAAGAAAAUGACAUCGAUGUCAAUGACAGAAAUGAAAGAAAGGAUGUUGAUGCAUAUGCAGCAGGAGAGGAGGAGGCAGAUGUAGAGGAUGAUGAUGAAGAUGAUGACGAGGAUCACGAUGAUUACAAUUAUAAUGAUCAGAUCACUGACUCCACACCUGAUAGUGAUGAAGGGGAAGACAAAGUUGAGGGUGCAAACAUGCAACACGAGGAAGCUAAAGUAGAGGUAAAGGUUGUGGAAGAAGAGGAAGAAGAGGAUGAUGAAGAUGAUGAUGAUGACGACGAUGAUGUGUGCGAUAGCAAAGUUAUGGAAGACGAGGCUGAGGACAGCUCAGCUUCUUUCCUUCAUUCACUUUCAGAAACAUCAAUCAAUGAAGGGUUAGAUGAGUCUUUCUGCUUCCAAGAUGAUACAGAUGACUCUUUAGAUUCGGCCUCUUAUAAUGGGGAGGAAGAUGAACGUUUAUACAGCACUGAGAGGCAUGCACAAUCCCUAGAACCUCUACCUGCAGAUGGUUCAAAUCCAGCUGAAAUCCAACCAGAGGCUGAACAGGGCUCUUUGAACACACAACUAUACACGGACACACAAGUGGACCAUUCUCAAUCUACCCAUCUGUCGACAAGCUCUGUAGCCUACCCAAAAGGUAACGACUUAGAACCAACACCCCUGGAAGUGCCUAUGUGCUCUGAACACCAAUCUGAUCCAGAUGUCAAAUCUACCAUUAAAACAGAUGAAACAAAAACCUCAGAUACACCUGCACAUAACCAGCAACCAGUUCAAACUUCAGAGCAACUUAUUGAGAAUGAAGGGGAAAGCCAGAUAAGUAUUGGUGCUAUUUUAAAGCCUUUUGUGGAGCCUCAAGAGAAUCCCUGUUCUAAUCUAUUCACUACCCUUGCUGCAGGUCCUGCACCACCUGCUUCUGAGACUGAUUACAUCAAUGCAACUCAUUCUACCACGUCUGUGGAGGAGAAUACAAAAGAUUUACCUGAGGAAAAUCCUAAGGUGAAAGUUGUUGCCUUGAAACUACCUUGUGAUCAAACUGAGCACACAAAAGAACCUGAAAGGGACUCUUUCAAAUUGCUUAUAAAGCCUCGCCAUGGCCAUUCUGAAAGUCAAAGAACUGUUGGAGCAACCAGAGUCGCUCUGUCAAAGUCUUUCUGUGGUAAAUACGAUGUGCCGGUAGAAGGGAGAUCUGUGUGUAGGUCAAGUCCUAACAGCGACUCUGAUACCAAGCUUGGCCAAAGUACUGAGUUUGCCCCAGCUGAUUCUGAAAGUGUAGAGUCUAAAUCAAGUGACUCCUCUCCACUACUGAAUAUUAUUACUCCUACCAAUGACUUGAAUAAGGGUGUUGUUGUUCUGUCCCCUCCUAAAGAGUCAAAUUCCAAUCCCAGUAAUAUCCCUGUUUCUACUUCCGCAGAAAUCAUUUCAGAACUUGGUGACAACUUCACCCUGACACCUGAACACUGCCCGAGAGACUCUUCCCUGGAGAACCUAAGCGAGAACACUUUGGGCACAGAUGACGGGGUACUAGGAGCUGUCGGAUCCUUGCACUCCCCCCUUGCGAUAUCUCCCAAAAGAGAAAAUUCAGAAACGGAUACAGGCAGAGAUGCGGUCCCUGAAUCUGGGGCAUGGUGUGAUGCCAGGGUAGGUUUGGGUUUUGUCCUGGGAUUUGGGUCAGGGUCUGAGUUUGGUGUCUGGGGAGCAGGUGAAUCAUUGUCUUUAUCCCUGGGUAAGAGGUAUGAAUUAGAGGCAGAGAGUCUUCUGAUGUGCGAUACAGAAGGCCAAAGGACAGAGACAGCUUUGGUUUCCAAUAUGAGCAGCGAACUGUGCGAAAACUAUGACAAUGUUCUCAGUUCUAUUCUGGAUGAGGAAGAUAACAACAGUCAGAGUGGAAAGAAUGACCAAAUGUUGGAUAAAGAAUUGGUAGAAGAGGGGAUCUCUGAGUCCAACCUCGCCCACUGGAAAUCUAUUGAAGAGAUUUCAGAAGCAGGGGGAGGAGAGGACGGAAGUGCCAGGUUUCCAGGGGACAUUAGUAAUUUGAAUCCUGACAAUGAUAACGAUAAGGAAACACAAAUGCAAGACAACUGGAAGAGUCCGACUGACUUUGAGUGCUUGAAUGAAGGCAUGUAUGGGAGUCUGAAUGCUCUGUCAGAUGAAAUGAGACACCAGAGCGGCAGUGUCGUUAUCAAAGACUCUGUGUCUAAUAUUCCACUUGACGAGGUGCCUCUUCAGACUUCUGACAGAACUCCUAAAGAACAAAAACCAACAGAGGAUCACAUAAACCAAGCACCAGACGCAAAACAAACACUAUUAAUCAAAGAUAGCGUUUGUAUUGUCUCAUCUGACACUCGGCCUCAAGGAGCUGCAAAACCCAAAAACCAAGAUUCACCAUGUAAAACUGAGCCGAGAUGCGAUUCUACUACACAGUAUCAGUCAAUCUCUCUAAGGAGUAAUGCAUUUUCUUUGCCAGAGGGAUCGUUUGGGUCUCUCCCCGCAAAAUGCACAUCUAAUAUUGGCAGACUGAGAAGCACCUGUACAGAUGGCACGGAGAUGUCACAACAUCAGCGACACAACCAAAAGAAAUGUGACAUCAGUGCUGAAAUUACCAGAAGUACGAAUGAACCAAAGACUAAAGAUGCCUUUUUAGGAAAGCACAGUGGUGUUUGUAACUCAGGGGAUGAAGGGGUGGAGGUCAAACAAAAACAAAGGAGCGAUGAAAAAAAUAAGGUGGAUGAAAGUCAAAAUAGGUCCUCUUCUGCACUGAAUGACUCUGAUCCCUUUGAGAGGCUCACACAAAAGGUUGGACCUUGCACAGAUACCCAAGCUGCCUCUACAAAAGGGAAGAGAAGGAAACAGAAUAGAAAUAGGGCAUCUCAGACGGGUGGUCUUAAUGACGUUAGCCCUGAGUCUGUUCAAGAACCAAAGAAAGCUCCUGCUCUACCAAACAUUUCAGGAGAUGGAUACUCAGACUGGGUUACACACAUUACUAAAACUAAGACAGACUACAACGCUAACAACUGUUCAUCCUCUCACUUUCAGCAGAGGACAUCUGGACCAGACAAAGCUGAACCUGUUGCACAGAUGGAGAGGCAUAAUCAUGGCAGUCCUGAUGAAAAAGUUUUAAGACAAGAGCAAUGCAAUUUAAACAGAGGUACAAGAGACAACCUCAGUCCAAUUAUGGCAAUGAACCAAGACUUACAGCAGAAACAAGAAGUGCUUGAUAACAGACCAUUAGCUGAUAGUCAGACACAAAUUACUGUGGACCUUAAUGAUAACAACAUAGACACAGGUCCCAGCAAACCUCAGAAGAAUAUCUCAUACGCUCAGGCUGUGAAAUGCCCCUCUUCCUCCCUACCUUGUGCCUCAACAGAGUUAAUGGAUGGUCUUUCCACACCUGUCCAGGAAUCCCAACCUGUCCUUUCCACGCAACAGCAAUCUUUACAGUCUAUAACUCCUAAGUCUGCUGGUUCUGAAAUUCCCUCCAACAGCAGCCCCCUAGAGGUCACUGAAGUCUUUUCAACACCAUCGUCUAAAAGUGUCUCUUCAUCCCAAUUGCCCACUGUCACGCCAGUAGUCUUGUCCCAAGCUACCCAAGAAACUGGGAAUCUAGAUUCAGAAUAUGCUCCAGAAUCGUCAUCUCAUCAAAACUCAGAGUCUACUUCCAACACUCAGUCUCAGAAACAGAUAAAGGAAGGUUGUACUUGGUUCACCCAAGACAUUUCCAGAGGUGCUAGUGCGACCGACGAAGAAUCGGACAAAAAGGAUGAUGGCGGACGGCUCCAGCGGGGUCACACGCCUAAGCCUAGGGAAGCUGAGGAAGACAGAGAUGGAUCGGUGAAAAAUGAGUCUGACGCAGCAGAUCAGCGAGAAAUCCAACCCUUCUCUAGUCGCCAACCAACCGGGAGACAGUCAGGCUGUUCAGUCACUCAUAACCUCAAUAUUUGUGAAGAGAUUGAUCUAUCUGUUAAAAAUAACAGUUCCACUGUGGCCUCCUGUAAUGAAUCUGAGAGUGAAGGUUCGAUGCCUGAUCUGGAAGAGCUGGAGCCUCUGAGACCAUCAGAACCACCUUGUGUUUCUGCUGCGGAUGAUGGAUUGAACAGACCAAAACAGAGCCGCAGUGAGAAGAAAGCACGCAAGGCAAUGUCUAAACUGGGUCUGAAGCCAGUCCAUGGUGUGACCAGAAUAACUAUCAGGAAGUCCAAGAGUAUCUUGUUUGUCAUCACCAGACCAGAUGUUUUCAAAAGUCCGAUGUCUGACAUUUAUAUUGUAUUUGGAGAAGCGAAGAUUGAGGACUUAUCACAGCAGGCUCAUAAAGCAGCAGCAGAGAAAUUCAAGGUGCCUGUUUCCCCGUCUCCAUUAGCCCCACCUGUCCCACCGAGUCUAACCAUCAAGGAGGAGAGCGAAGAGGAGGAGGAAGAGGUGGAUGAUGGAGGUCUGGAGCAGAGAGACAUCGAACUGGUGAUGGCUCAGGCCAACGUGUCACGAGCCAAGGCCAUCCGCGCACUCAAACACAACAAGAACGACAUUGUGAAUGCCAUCAUGGAGCUGACCAUGUGAGUGGGCACUGAGGACAAUUUGAUUCCCAGCUCCCUUGUUCCUGCCUAUAAAGCCUAACUACUGCGUACUCUUCUGUAUCGCUGCUGCUGUAUGUUGCAUCCCCCAGUCUGCUAAAUAAAGUCUAAGACAAGCUCCA